AUGCUCGUCACUGUGUACUGUGUGCGGAGGGACCUCUCCGAGGUAACUUUCUCCCUCCAGGUCAGCCCUGACUUUGAACUCCGUGACUUCCGAGUCCUGUGUGAGACAGAGUCCAGAAUCCCUGCCGAAGAGACCCAGAUCAUCUACAUGGAGCGACUCCUCGCUGAUGACCACUGUUCCCUGGGCUCCUAUGGCCUCAAAGACGGUGAUGUCAUUGUAUUACUUCAGAAGGAGAAUGUGGGACCUAGGCUUCCAGGACGGACUCCAAACCAGCCUCGAACAGAUUUCAAUGGAAUCGCCAUGCCUGGGACAUCAAGCUCUCGGUGGCAGCAGCAGCAGCCCCCCGUGCAGCCGCCAUGUGUGCCUUCUGCUCGUCAUUCCCACGGUUUGGCUUCUGGAGAGAAGAUGGCAUCUGCUCAAGGUCUGGACAGCCCAGCCUUGAUCCGUAGCAUGCUGCUGUCCAACCCUCACGACCUGUCCCUGCUGAAGGAACGCAACCCUUCCUUGGCAGAAGCUCUGCUCAGUGGGAACCUUGAAACAUUUUCUCAGGUCUUGAUGGAGCAGCAGAGGGAAAGGGCCUUGCGAGAGCAAGAGAGGCUUCUUCUCUACUCUGCGGACCCAUUUGAUAGGGAAGCUCAGGCCAAAAUAGAAGAAGAAAUCCGGCAGCAGAACAUUGAAGAAAACAUGAAUAUAGCAAUGGAAGAGGCCCCCGAGAGUUUUGGACAAGUGGCAAUGCUCUAUAUCAACUGCAAGGUGAAUGGACAUCCUUUGAAGGCUUUUGUUGACUCAGGUGCCCAGAUGACCAUUAUGAGCCAAGCAUGUGCGGAGAGAUGCAACAUCAUAAGACUGGUGGACCGACGAUGGGCUGGAGUGGCUAAAGGAGUGGGCACACAAAGAAUCAUCGGCCGUGUUCAUUUAGCUCAGAUUCAGAUUGAAGGAGACUUCCUGCAAUGUUCUUUCUCUAUACUUGAGGAGCAGCCCAUGGACAUGCUUCUCGGACUAGAUAUGCUAAAGAGGCAUCAGUGUUCCAUCGAUUUGAAGAAAAAUGUGCUGGUGAUUGGCACCACUGGCACACAGACAUCCUUUCUUCCUGAGGGAGAGUUACCCCCCUGUGCUAAGCUGGUAAGUGUUACCGGGCUAGAAGAGCCUUCAGACAAGGAUACGGCAAACACCAUUAAGCAUUCACUCAAGGAUUCAGGACGAAAGAAGCACUGA